UUUUUUUUCUUCUCUCUCUCUCUUAAAGACAACACUGCACCGCAUACCGCCCAUUCCUUUUUUCAACCCCACAGCAGAACAGCCGUACCUUCAUCAAUAACACAGGAUGGCAUCAGUCGCAGACGCAGUCGUGCCCGGACAGAGACUGGGGCAUGUUCAGGAAUACGCAGCCGGAGCAGGAACAUACUCGCACCAAGACUUUUUAUACGCCAGUGUUGUUGGCCUUAAACAGAUCACAAGGACAAGCGACCAUGAGUUGCCAACCAUGAGCGUGCAGCGUGAAAACACACAGUCGGCCAUGCCAGAUAUCGAUACCAUUGUCACAUGCAAAGUUGUCCGUGUGAAUCCGCGGUUUGCAGCCGUCAGCAUUAUGGUGGUCGAUGGCAAGCCCUGCACAGACGACUUUCAAGGCAUCAUCCGCGUCCAGGACGUGAGGGCAACCGAGAAGGAUAAGGUCAAGAUCUACAAUUCCUUCCGGCCAGGCGACAUUGUCCGCGCACAAGUGAUCUCACUAGGAGAUGCAAGGAGUUACUAUCUGUCAACGGCAGCAAAUGAACUGGGCGUAAUCUUUGGCACAAGCGUGGCAGGUGGAUCGCUGGUGCCUAUUUCAUGGCAGGAAAUGCAGUGCACAAAGACGAAAGCAAUUGAACCUCGAAAGUGCGCCAAACCCAUGUAGACUAUUUUUUUUUUUUCAUCAAGCACUCGCAUUAUCAAGCAUAUAAUUAAUACGAAUUCAUCCUUAACAAUAUAUUCAGAAGCUGGAUCGGCUG